AUGCUGAUAGAUUGUUCUGUCAAGCGUGAAGUACGUCCUGAGACAGAACUGCAGGAGCUGCAGGAUUUGGGCAUGUCCAAGGCGAUUCUCAGAGCCCGCAAUCCGGUCAAAAAACUAUCAGCGCGCAAGAAGGCAAUUACCGUUAUUUGUCGUUCUGACCGUCAGCGUUACCAGCAGACGAUCAAUGGGGAAUCAGUAGGUGGUCGGAAGCUCUCAAAACGUCUAAAACUAAUGCGCUUCCUCCUUGGAGACAUGCACAUUGACGAAAAAUUAUUAAAGGUGAUUUUUCUAGAGCAUCUUUUUGUUAAUAUAAAAAUACUUUUGCCAUCUGCGUCCCAAGGCUUCACGGUCUCACAGCUGGUUUAA